AUGGCAGUCGUUGAGGUAGGUACGUGGAAUGUACGUGCAGGAUACAUUGGGGAUCUCGUGUGCACGCGUCAGCUACGAUCCUUAUGCAGCUGCGUUGCCCCAGAAGAAACAGAUUUUAUAUCGAUGAUCAAGGCAUCUUCAGGUGUUCUAAAUGGUACUUUUGGCGAAGGGGUGUGUGGCGCCCACCCCGAAAAGGGUUCGUCCGGGGAAACCCCCAUCAAGCCGCUGUGGACGCUGGACGCGUUCGAGCGGGACGGCGCCCUCCACGUGGACUCCCUCCGUCGCCUCAAGUGCGACCACCUCCACUGCCCCCUGGACGACCCCCUCCUGCUUGUCCUGCCGGAGCGCUGGCACGAGGAGCGGGGCGUCAUGCAAGGGCUCUUCGAGGCCAUCCUGGAGGCUCCCCACCUCACUCGGCUGCUCUAUGCCGGGCGGCCCAGUGUCGGGUGGGCCUUCGCCGCCGCCCGGGCCUCCGCAGUGGUCCUCGACGUCGGCCAUUUUCAUUCCACCGUUGCGGCAGUCCUCGACGGUUAUGUCCUGCGCGGGACGAUUGACACAGCGGCCGUGGGCGGCGCGGCCGUCUCGGCGGGCCUGUCCGCCACCCUGCAAAGGCCCCUGUGGCCUUCACUGGGACAGCGCUACGCCCACCUUCUCGGCGCUUUAGAACUGAAGGGGGAGGCAAGGGGGGGCUGUGACACCUUGUGGGAUCUCCUCCUUGACCACACCGUCGCGGACAUAAAGCGGCUUUGUGGGGUGGUGCGCCACCCUCAGGGGGCGCCGCCGGGGGCGAUGUCGGUGCGUGCGCCCGAUGGCACCCUUCUGGAGUUGCUCCCUGAGCAACGGUGGGAGCCCUUUGAGGUGUUGUUCGGCCCAGAGGAGGGGGGGACAGGUAAUGUGGCGCGGCUGUUGUUCUCCUGCAUGCAACAGUUGGACCCGGAGUGGAGGCUUCAGACCGUUCACCACGUGCUGGGGGGUGGAGGGAGCUUAGUGCCUGGUUUCCGUGAGCGCAUUUUACAUGAGACCAAGUCGAUGGAUCCUUCCUACUAUAGAUAUGAGCGCGACAACGCCUUUACGGUGGCCAGUUCUGUCGAAGGGGCCUGGGCAGGGAAUUCCAUUGCGGCAGCAAGCUCCUCCUUCGAAUCGCUCUGGAUCUCCAAGUCAGAGUGGGACGAGGAAGGAGAGUCGUGCCUUUUCAGAAAACUGUUCUACUAA